AUGAACUUGGAGGGUCUGGAGAUGAUCGGCGUGCUGGUGGUGGUGGUUCUCUUUGUGAAGGUUCUGGAGCAGUUUGGGCUGCUGGAGGUCGGGUUUGAUGAUAGUGUUGAAGAUGAGCUCGAACUCUCCGCUGUUCGCCAUCGCCCCGAGGGAUUGGGACAACUGGAGGCGCAGACGCGGUUCUCCCGCAAGGAGCUGCAAAUCCUCUAUCGCGGCUUUAAGAAUGAGUGCCCGAGUGGAGUCGUCAAUGAAGACACCUUCAAGGACAUUUACUCCCAGUUCUUCCCACAAGGAGACGCCUCGACGUACGCUCAUUUCCUGUUCAACGCCUUUGACACCGAUCACAACGGCUCUGUGAGUUUUGAGGAUUUUGUCAUGGGUCUUUCCAUCCUUCUGCGAGGCACCAUUCAAGAAAAACUGAACUGGGCGUUCAACCUUUACGACAUCAACAAAGACGGUUAUAUCACUAAGGAGGAGAUGCUGGACAUCAUGAAGGCCAUCUACGACAUGAUGGGCAAAUGUACGUACCCCGCACUCAGAGAGGAGACCCCACGUCAGCACGUGGAAAUAUUCUUUCAGAAGAUGGACAAGAACAAAGACGGUGUGGUCACUAUUGACGAGUUUAUCGACUGCUGCCAAAAUGAUGAAAACAUCAUGCAAUCAAUGCACCUCUUUGAAAACGUCCUUUAAAAACAAUUUUUUGUGGAAUUGACAAACUUCUGGGACUGGUGUGCAGCGUGCUAUGCAGACGUAGUCAUCCAUUAAAUAGAAUAACGUGUUGUUCCUUACUGUGGAGGACACUCUGGAAGCAUCAAAUGGUCGUACUUACUGCCAGGUGAUAUCACUGUGACUUUUAGGCAAAAACAACCCAUCAUUCCAUACUAUGUAGAAUAUGCCAGAGUGUCCCACUUCUUUUAAAGGAUAACAUGUGAAUAUUGAGUAUAGAUACUGUAAGUGAAUGAUGGAAGGAAUCAUGUUGACCUGCCAACUAAAAGACAGCAAAGGACUUCCACACGGUCACACAAGGUACUGUAGCUUACAAUUAAUUUAUGCCGAAGAUUAGAUAAUGCUGCUUUUUAAAUGUGUUUUCUUUAUCCUCUGUUGGUCUUCCGGAAAGUAUUCACAGCGCUUUACUUUUUCCCCAGCCUUAUUCCAAAAUGGAAUAAAUUCAAUUUUGUCCUCAAAAUUCUACACACAAUACCCCAUAAUGACAAUGUAAAAGCACGUUUUUUUGUUUUAGAGCUUUUGACAAAUUAAAAAAAAAAAAGAAGAAAACAUGUAAGUUUUCGCAGCCUUUGCUCAAUACUUUGUUGAUGCACCGAUUACAGACUCAAGUCUUUUUGAAUACGAUGCCACAAGCUUGGCACACCUAUUUUUGGGCAGUUUCGCCCUUUCCUCUUUGCAGCACCUCUCAAGCUCCAUCAAGUUAGAUGGGAAACCCUUGUCCGAUCUCUUCAGAGAUGUUCAAACGGAUUCAAAUCUAGGCUCUGGCUGUGCCACUUAAGGACAUUUACAGAGUUGUUCUAAAGUAGGGGUGUCCAAACUUUUUCCACUAAGGGCCGCACACUGAAAAAUCAAAGCAAGCGGGGGCCGUUUUGAUAUUUUUUUAUUUUAAAAACCAAUUAAAUAUAUGUAUAAAAAAUAUACAUUAAGGCCUCCACUCAGGCUUGAUCCCGGGGACCCCAAAGGGUUUUGGUCUGAAAAAUAUUUAAAAUGUGUCAUUAUUCAGUAUUAAUAUCUCUAGAUCAACAUUAGGUCUAUCUGUCAAUAUAACGUUUUUAAAGAUUUAAGUCGUAUGCUCUUUUUGUCAAAGAAAACCCUUUUUUUAUGGAAAAAACACAAAAUAUGCAAUAUUUUCACCCAAUAAAAUUUUUAAGAGGAAUAUUUCAGAUUAUAUAAUAAUUGGAGCCUUAAAAAGGUCAAUAACUCAUAACACCAUUGAUUUUAAUUAAUUAUUAUUUUUUGAGCAAUGACACUUAAAAACAAAUCACACAAAAAUUAUUGGGGAACCAAAAGGGUCCUACUCAUUAAAGUGUUAAAAAAUAAAUUAUACAUUUUUUUUACUGUUUACUUUUAACACAAUAAUCUCGAGAUCAAUUUAAGAUCUAUCCGUCAAUUAUACGUUGUAUUGUUGUUUAUGUUUUUCGUUUGUUCGUUUUAGGCCCUUCUUUAAAAAAAAAAAAAAAAAGCUACAUUUUUUAUAUGGCAAACACAAAAUAUGCAACAUUUUCCCAAAAAAAUAUCUCAAAGUGCAAUAUUUAAUGUGACGUAAUUGGAGCCUUGGAUAGGUCAAUAAUUCAUAAUUACAUUGAUUUUGAUUCAUUAUUAGUUUUUAAAGAAAGAAACAGCCUGCAUGGCAGCUUUGUGUUAUUAGAGUAAACAUUGCAACAUUUUCUUGUUACAUUUCACCUGUUUGGUCUUUCAUACCACUUCUUAUGUUUUUCAUUUUUUAAAUCGUAUUUUAAAAUGGGCCGUGGGGCCAUUAAAAAAUGACCUGCGGGCCGCAAAUGGCCCCCGGGCCGCACUUUGGACAUCUCUGUUCUAAAGCCUUUGACAUGUUGGCUGUGUGCUUAAGGUUGUUAUUAGGAAUGGACGACUAUGGCAAAAUAAUAAUCAUGAUUAUUUUGAUCACGAUUAACAUGAUUAUUCAAUAAUUUGAAAACAUGAGGGUUUUUUUGUACCACCAAAACUCAGCUCUGAAUAUAGAGAGAGAGAAACAACCGGACAUAAAUUAGUAAUGAUAAACCACAGCAACUAAAAUAAUAGUAACAACUUUAAACAACAAUUGCAAUAUAAAAAAACAAUAAAAUUCCCUUUAUGUCAGAACAUUUUUGAAAAUGUUUGCUAAAUGCAAAAUAUGACACAUUUAUUGCUGCAAUACAUCUUUGGACAAUUUUGACCAGUGUUUUAGGUCAAAGCAUAAUAAUUGUGUAAAUGUAUCAAUAAUUAUGUAAGGUACUUUUUUGAAACCUUUAUUUUGUUAGCGCCGUCAGACCGCAUGUGCUAUUGUUGUAUGAGGGGGAAGUGUGUUGUGCUGAAAAAAAGAGAGAGCGUCUCUCAAGUUGCGACUGCUGUCAUAUGUUUGAUUGAUUGAUUGAUUGAUUGAGACUUUUAUUAGUAGGUUGCACAGUGAAGUACAUAUUCCGUACAAUUGACCACUAAAUGGUAACACCCGAAUAAGUUUUUCAACUUGUUUAAGUCGGGGUCCACUUAAAUUGAUUCAUGAUACAGAUAUAUACUAUCAUAUAUACUAUCAUCAUAAUACAGUCAUCACACAAGAUAAUCACAUUGAAUUAUUUACAUUAUUUACAA